GCCGCGGCAACGCUAAGGAAGGAUAAUUUGUUGUGACCAUAGUUGCUGUAGCAACGAUGUUAUUUUUCCACAUUUUUCAGGGUAGUAUACACAAAUCGUGUACACGUUCUACACGUCCUGAGUCAAAAUAUCUUUCAUACUGAAGCCUAGAUAUUGUCAUCGCUAAACAACAAUAUAAAAACGAUGCAUCCCGUUAGCGAUUCGGACGUUCAGAACGUCGUAAUAUUUGAUGCGUCAAAAAAUGAGCGAAGACUGAACGAAGAGUUCAAAAUUCUUCAAAGAAAAUUAAAACCAAAAUGGAAAUUUAUUGAAAACAGCGAUGUUCUGUCGCAAGAAUCUCUGGCAACAGGCAAAGUUUUGGUAUUACCUGGACCGCGAAAUAAAUUUACAGAACUGGAAAUGAAUGCUAUUAAAACUUUUAUGAAUUCUGGAGGUAACGUUUUAGUAAUGCUUGGGGAAGGUGGAGAAAAUAAAUUCAACACUAACAUCAAUUUCCUGCUCGAAGAAUUUGGUAUCAUGGUGAACAAUGAUAGCGUUGUUCGAAUGAGUUACAGUCAGACUCUACACCCAAAAGAGUGUCUGAUUUCCGAGGGAUUGUCGAAUAAAUCUGUUUUCGUAAAAAAUCGUAAUGAGUAUAUAGGUUUGAAAUACUUGUAUCCGUAUGGUGCAACUCUGAAUGUGGUGCAACCAUCUGCUGUCGCUCUUUCGAGUGGGUCUGUCGCGAUACCAACAAACAGACCGAUCUGCGCUUAUUACGCAUCGACAUCAAAUGCUGGAAAACUAGUGGUUUUGGGAUCAUCAAGAAUGCUCACUGACAAUUAUAUCGAGAAAGAAAAGAACGAUCUGUUUCGUGAAAUGCUCUUUGAAUUUUUCGAAUCGGAAUCCGCGGCGACAAAGGACAUUCAACCAGACGACAUUGACUAUUGGGAGUACAAUUUCGUACCAGAUACCACACAGCAAGCGGAUAAUCCGAAAGUUUGCACGCAAGAAUUGGACAAUAUUGAAAUACCACGAGAAUAUACGAAAUUAUUCAAACAACAUUUUUACUCGAUAAAUCUGAACAUGAUCCCUGAAUGCAUCAAGGCAUACGAAGUUCUAGGGGUGAAAAAACAGCCAUUGACUUUGAUAACUCCGCAAUUCGAAACUCCGUUGCCACCAACGCAGGCGUCGGUGUUCCCUCCGAGUUUUCAAGAACUUCCACCACCAGCAUUGGAACUCUUUGAUUUGGAUGAAGCCUUCAGUUCAGACCUCCUUAAGUUGUCUCAGUUAACGAAUAAAUACUUGGCCAACAAAGAUCAAUCAAACGAGAUGGAGUUGGACUACUACAUAAGAGAAUUCGGAGGAAUAAUUCGAAUACCUAAUGCCGAAACGUGCUCCGCAAAAGAAGUUUUGAAUAAUAUUUUCCAAAAAUUGGCUAGUUUCAAGAAAAUUCGUAAUUAACCGUCUAAGUACGUCACUGUGUAAAUAUAGUAUAUAUGCUGUACUCAAUACAAAUAUACUCUAUUUUUAUGAA